UGGUCGUAGAUUGUUAAUCAACUCAACAGAGUUUCGUUCCGUCGUCCGAGUGCGGGUAGAUCGCGGCAGGCAGUGAAUCGUGUGAGCGGAUGUGCGUUUGCUACGUGGUGUUGGAAAUUCUAACGAAAGUUCUACAUUAAACCAGGCCCGCUGCGUUGUGUUCGUUGGUCGUGAGUUUUGUGCAAAGUUGGUAACGUUGCCCGGAAGCCUAACGCACCACCAUGAGCACGGCGGAGGGAGACGGUGGUACGGAGCUCCGUCGGCGUGUAGCAGCUGAAGCGGAAGCCACACUAGAGCACCAAGAGGAGAAAGAUCCCAAGCAGGACCAUCAGUCGCAGCCGAAGGAAUGUACAACUACGGAAAAUUCGGACCAUGUUGAUUCAGAAACAGAGACCGAGGAACGGCUGCCGGAUGAGAAGUACAUCGAAGAGUUGGCUAAAAAUCAGCCGCAAGGUACCAAUAAGAUGCCAGAAAUUUUAACACAUAUUCUGGACGGAUUACCCGACAGAUGGCGGAACUGGGUAAUACGUGGUAUCUUCACGAUGAUCAUGAUCACUCUGUUCUGUGGCAUCAUCUACCAAGGACCGCUGGCACUGAUGAUUACGGCUCUUGCAGUGCAGGUGAAAUGCUUCCAGGAAAUCAUCUCGAUCGGUUACUCGGUAUAUCGCAUCCACGGGCUUCCCUGGUUCCGCAGCUUAUCCUGGUACUUCUUGCUGACCUCGAAUUACUUUUUCUAUGGUGAAAAUUUGGUGGACUAUUUCGGUGUUGCAGUUAGCCGUGUGGACUCGCUUCGUUUUCUAGUCAAAUACCAUCGCUUCUUGUCGUUCUGCCUGUACUGUAUCGGAUUUGUGUGGUUCGUACUUUCGCUUGUGAAAAAAUACUACAUAAGACAGUUCAGUCUGUUCGCCUGGACACACGUGACAUUGCUUAUCGUGGUCACGCAGAGCUAUCUUAUCAUCCAGAAUAUCUUCGAGGGUCUGAUCUGGUUCAUCGUUCCGGUUUCAAUGAUUGUGUGCAACGACGUCAUGGCGUACAUGUUUGGGUUCUUCUUCGGCCGUACCUCGUUGAUACAGCUGAGCCCGAAGAAGACGUGGGAAGGAUUCAUCGGCGGUGGCUUCGCUACGGUUAUCUUUGGCUUGUUGGUAUCGUACCUCCUGUGUCAGUUUCAGUUCUUUGUUUGCCCGAUCGAAUACUCGGAAGCGCAAGGACGGAUGGUGAUUGAGUGUGAGCCGAGCUAUCUCUUUCAACCAAAGGAAUACGAUCUUCCCUUUUCUGGUAUUAAAAAAAUAACGAUGUAUCCUUUUCUGCUUCACUCGUUAUCGAUGAGCAUCUUCAGCUCGGUAAUCGGACCGUUUGGUGGAUUCUUUGCUUCUGGAUUCAAGCGCGCGUUCAAAAUCAAAGACUUUGGAGACAUGAUCCCCGGCCACGGUGGGAUCAUGGACCGUUUCGAUUGCCAGUUUCUGAUGGCCACGUUCGUGAACGUUUACAUCUCCAGCUUCAUUCGUAAUGCUUCGCCGCAAAAGCUACUGAAUAUGGUUUACACCCUCAAACCGGAAGAACAGCUACAGCUUUUCAACCAACUAAAGGACAGCCUAAUGGAGCGAAACAUCAUUAAUUUAAAUUAGACGGUGCCCGUAUUUAGUUGUGUCGUUUUUAGUCACCGAU